AUGGCUUCAGUUUGGAAGGCUAGGUGUCGACACACUGGUAAAGUCAUGGCCGUGAAGGAGGUGAACCUCGAGAUCGGUGAGGACGGACAGAGCCGUGUCCCGGAGAUCCUGGAGCGCGAGGUGUCGCUCCACGCUCGUCUCAGUCACUCGAACAUUGUGGCAUUCCUUGGCACGGAGUUGCUUGCAGACAAGAUGCACAUAUUCCUGGAGUACAUGUCCGGCGGCUCUUUGUACCACCUGCUUCAGAUGCAGGGACCGCUACAAGAGCUUGAGAUUGCUGGCUACGCCCGGCAGGUGCUGCAGGGACUGCACUACCUGCACACGCGAAAGCCCACGGUCCUACACCGUGACCUGAAGACCGCCAACAUUCUCUUAGGUCCCGACGGUGUCGUGAAGCUGGCCGACUUUGGCUGUGCAAAGCGGGUGUCUGGCACUGCUAUGCACACUUUGCGGGGUUCUGUGCAGUGGAUGGCUCCUGAAGUCCUCAACCAGCAGCCUUAUGGAAAGACUGCUGACAUUUGGAGCUUCGGAUGCGUCCUUGUUGAGAUGAUUACGGGCAAGGCCCCAUGGGGCCAUUUCGAGACCAGCGUUGCGGCAAUGAUUCACGUGGCCACUGCCCAGGUUGGAAAUGCCUCCUUUGCCCGAGCAGGCGGCACGGACAUGGUCUGGGAUAUCUUCCGGAUAAGGGCUUGGUGGCUUCUUAUGUCGAUUAUUCUGCUCAUCUUGGUAGCUGCAGGAGUUUGCAACCGGGCGUUGCUUCUUGGGUACUUUUUCUGGUCCACAGGGAAAGCAGAUGGUCCCUUGGUGACCACAUCUCAGGUAACCGCGCCUCCGAGCACCGACUGGCCGUGGCUGUCGCAGGGCCAGUGCCCCAACAGUAUGUUCGAGGUGCCAUCACCUUAUGGGGUGCAGAAGAAUGAAGAGUGGGCAUGUUGUAGCAACUGUCCCCUGAAUAAGUGUUAUGAUGAUUGUGGCUGCCUUUGCACGACAGCACAGAGAUGCGAGCAACUGGAGCACAAGCUUUGCCGACCGGGCCUGCCCUGUUAUUGGGACGGCCAGCAGUGCGCUGCCGUCCAGAACCCUACGCCACUGCCCAGCACAGCCCGUGUAGUGGAGAUCGGCAGCAGUGACACCUCACCGAAGUGUGUAGAUGUCUCGGAGGCCCUGGAGUGCCCAGUCUGCGCCGGGCACCGGGAGCUGAGGCUCAACGGCCACCGGGAUGACUCGGACUUCACGAUCUAUGCGGAAGGGCGCCGCAUAUGUGCCUCGAAGUCUUCGGGGAGUUGGAUGAUGUUCCUGGUUGUGGCAUGCUAUGAGAUAGGCACCAUGCCCGAAAUCAAUUGCUCCGGCUUCGAGGUGGCCGCCGCUGUUUCCCGAACUGGGUGGACAGCAACAGGACCAUGCAUGCUCCUCUUACUCCUUUGCUUGCUCGUCAGCUGA